AUUUCUGAUCUUAUCUAGUUAGGAGCACGAUCAUUCAAGUCUUUGCUUAGCAAAUAUCAUAAGUAUUACUUGAUUUUGGAUUAUCGGUAUUCGGAUUUUAAAGAAAUCUAUUAACAGGAUUUUCCCCCUUUUUAAAGAUGACAACAAUGAUAAGAAUUACCCAAAUCGCUGUCUCUCUCGUCAUAGGCUUUGCUGUAAUACAAUAUACAAUCGCCAAAAAACCAGAACCUGACCGAAGCAUUGCAGCAGUGGUGAUGUCCCUGUGCACCCCAUACCAGGAGGCUAAGAAGGAAUAUGACAUGAAAUGCAACAGAACCCUCACCGAUGGGUUGAAAGGGCAUUCCGAUAAAGCUAAGAUUUUCAUUGAGGCUGCCGACAGCAAGACGUACUGCACGGGGAACGAGAACGAAGGAUCGUUGCUUCGUUUUGACACGGCAUGUCAUGUGAUUGCUCAUCUCUGUGACUACAUGCAACUUGGAGAACUGAUGAAGUGCCCCCAUGCUCAACCACUGACUAAGAGGAAAAGCCACGUGAAAAGUAGCUCCAAGAAAUCUGUGCGAAGAAAGGAAUAAUUCAAUUCAACCAACACGGAUGGAUUUUCUGCAAAUAUUAAGUUAAAUACAAUAGGUUUUCACCUCUGCAUUUGAAGCAUACAGUAUAACGACAAUUAUAACAGAAUCGUGCAAGUGUCAGCCUAGCUUGAAGGACAAGUCCACCCCAACAAACAGUUGAUUUGGAUAAAAAGAGAAAAUUUCAACAAGCAUACCACUGAAAAUUUCAUCAAAAUCAGAUGUAAAAUAAGAAAGUUAUGACAUUUUAAAGUUUUGCUUAAUUUCACAAAACAGUUAUAUGCACAUCCUGGUGGGUAUGCAAAUGAGGAGCCUGAUGGCGUUAUCCACUCAUUAUUUCUUUCGUAUUUUAUUUUAUGAAAUAGGGAAUAUUCUAUUUUUCUCCUUAUUGUCAAGAGAAACAACGAUUAAUUCCUCCCUGAACAUAUAGAAUGAGCAUUGUUAAAUACUAUAUGAUUCAGUCAAGUUGGUCCUUAUUGUCAGAUCUAUUUAAAAAAAUGAAAUAUUGUAUAAUUCAAACAAUAAAAAACAAAAGAAAUAGUGAGUGAGGGACAUCAUCGACUUUCUCAUUUGAGUUGUGUACAUCACUGUUUUGUGAAAAAUAAGCAAAAAUUUUAAGUACCAUAACUUUCUUAUUUUACAUCCGAUUUUGAUGAAACUUCCGCGGUUUGCUAGUUUGCUUUUUUUCUCUAUUUAUUCAAAUCAACAUUUUAUGGGGUGGACUUGACCUUUAAGUAACCCCCAAUCGAAAGUUCUUCAUGACUAUCAUCUUGAUCAUGAUUCUUGCUUUGUAUAGAUUGAGAUAAAGCAAACCACUGGAACUAAUGAUGAAUAUAUCUUCUUCUUUGUGAAUUACUAAUUUCAACGUUAGUUUCAAUCUUUGAAUAUGAAUAUGGAAUUAAAAGAAAUGAAAAUGAAAUAUUGCUAUACAUUUAAUAUUCACCUUUAUUGCAAAGUGUUAAUUAAGAUAAGGAUUACACCAACGUCACAAAUUUGGAAUAUCACCCAUUCUUUCUUCGACCCAUACAAAUUGACGAAAGAUGCACUAAUUGAUUUUUUACUUGCUUUGGCAGCUGUAUUUUGUUUCUUAAAUUAAAUAUCUUUACAGAAAG